AUGCUUCCACUGGAGGGUCGCAGUCUGUCCAUCUUUAUUGUCACCACCAUCUUCUUGGGUAUUUCUUUCAUUGCAGUCUGUCUGCGAUGUUUUGUUCGGAUCAAGCUGGUCAAGGCCUUUGGCUGGGAUGAUGCCCUGAUGGUAUUUGCUAUGCUACUGAACAUUCUGUUCGCACUAUGUGGACUCACUGGCGCACUUUACGGCAUUGGCCAAAGGACGGAAGUGCUCAUCGAGCGAGGUACAAUGGAAACCGCCAUGUUUUGGUGGUGGCUCGGCCAAACCAGCUACGUUUGGGUCUGUAGUAUCGCCAAAAUCUCAAUUGCUCUCGCCUUACUCCGUCUCACCGUCUCCAAGCUGCACCGAAUGAUCUUAUGGGGCGUUGUCGCCAUCACCACGAUCGUUGGUUUGGUGUUCUGGUUCAUGCUGACAUUACAAUGUACACCGGUCUCAUAUUUCUGGCAGCGAGUCCGCGUAUAUAACAAACCACCUGUUAUCGUCCCAGGCAGCUGUGUGAACCUCGACGGGAUCAUCGAUAUCGCCUAUGUUUACAGUGUCACCGCCACAUGUUGUGAUCUUACACUGGGACUUCUUCCUGUUUCCCUCGUCUGGAAUUUGCAAAUGAACACCCGGACCAAGGCUGCUUUGGCUGGCAUUCUUGGCAUGGGAUGCGUUGCGAGCGCAGCUGUGAUCAUUCGCAUUCCUUUCCUACACGACUACAAGGACACUGAUUUCCUUUACGCAACCACCAACAUUUCCAUCUGGUCCAACGUCGAAGCCGGCCUCGGUAUUGCCGCAGGUAGUCUGGUCACCCUCCGACCUCUUUUCCGCUGGUUCCGUGACCCCAGCUCGGUCGGUACUCGAAGCAAGCGCACCGGUGGCAGUAUGCCCCUGGAUAGCGUGAAUGUAGCACGCUCCGGUGAUGCCUCGGGUCCACGGUACUGGCGACCGGACCUGGAUCCGGAGGACGCACAUGCGGUGAUCACCACCGUUCAUGGUUCGAAUCACGAUAGUCGCUCAAGCAGCCAGGAGGACUUGAAUCCCGGUAAGGGGACCUUCUUUAGCGGUGUUAAUGUUCAAAAGACUUUCUUUGUUUCGGAGGACGAUUCAUAG